AUUUUUGCAUUGUUUUGACAAAACUUUAUUUAUUUGUAGCUAUCCAUUUAAAAGAAUUAUAUUGCGUGGAACUAUGGAACGACAAUCUAACUCCGGAAAGAAACCAGUUGCUGGAAAACACGAAACUUUGUCGUCCUCCUCAAAAGACGAUUCCUCGGUUCCCUUUCUAGUCAAGUUAUUUCGACUUUGUUGCUCUUCAACUUCUAGUGAGAAUGAUUCCGGUGUAAAGCUUCAGGAAGAGGUUGCAAAGGAUGGCCAUUCUAACUUUCGUCUCAAAGCAGGUGAGCCUAGAAGAGUUCACGUUAUUGAAUAUUAUGAAGAUGAAGGCAAGGCCAAAAGGGAUAAGCAGAAAGACAGUCUCCAGCUUCGGAUAGACUCAAAAGAAUGUAGUAAGGCUGAUGAAGAACUGCAAGAUGGUGAUUCCACUAGAGAAGACACUAUUCCAACCCCCCAUCCAGUUGGUCACAGCACAAGUAUUUAUAUUACCGCUAUGCCGAGCGAGUGGCAGGACGAAACAAAAUAUGCUACUGAUAAACACAUUUGGGUAUCGUCUCCUACUCAUCCUCACUACAGGAAGCGAGUUCGAAACUUUGAACUUAAUCCAGUCACUGAGGAGGUUGCUUCAGAGAAGAGAAAGUCCACCCACUUGUUGCCUCCACAAACUGAGGAAAUGAAAGAGAAGAAAACCUUGGUAUUAGACUUGGACGAAACCUUGGUUCAUAGUGGCUUUGAAGGUUCUAGAGAAACCAGUGACUUUGUUCUCAGUAUGCAAGUAGAAAAUACAAACCUUCAAUUAUUUGUCAAAAUGAGACCUUAUCUGAAGGAAUUUUUGCAAGAGGUCACCAAACAUUUUGAGAUAGUGAUAUUCACGGCAUCUAUGGUAACUUAUGCAGAUCCCGUUAUUGAUCUUAUGUUCGAUGCCACAGGCGUUGCACAUAUACCGGAGACCCACCGAUUGUUUCGUGAAAGUUGUGAGUAUGAUCCUGAGACUUGUUCUUUUCACAAAGACCUGAUGGCCUUGGGGAGGGAUAUCAAAAAAGUCAUCAUAGUGGACAAUUCUCCUACGGCAUAUACAAAGAAUCCCUAUAAUGCAAUACCUAUUCCUACUUGGAUGAAUGAUGAGAAUGACCAUUCCCUGUUGGAUGUUUUAUCUAUUUUGAAAACCCUGAUUCCAGUGCAAGACGUUCGAACAGUAUUGAAACAACUAAAGGAACAAAAUGAAGAAUUGGAUAAACAAGACCGUCAGAAAAAUAAUCAUUCUUCAUAAAACAUGGAUAAUUAUUUUGCGAUUUUCUAGUCCCUUUUGGCAAUAUCUUUUUCAGCCUGUAUACCAUCAUACAAGGAUUGCAGAUGUUCAUUAUCGUGAAUUCGUUGAAUAAACUCCACAACUUGAGG